AUGAUUACAGACCAAUACUCGCUGGACAGUGAGUAUAUAAAGCGAUAUCUGGGUGAGCUGACUCCGAUCCAGGAAUCCAGGCUUCUGCAGCUAAGAAAGUGGAUAGCUGAUCUGCAGAAGGGCAAGGUUCCCAGCGAUACGACACUUCUUCGUUUCCUCCGCGCGAGAGAUUUCAACGUGGAAAAGGCGAGAGAGAUGCUCUCCCAGUCUCUCCUAUGGCGGAAGAAACACCAAGUGGACAAGAUCCUGUCGGAGUACGAGACUCCUGAUGUCGUCAAACAGUAUUUCCCUGGGGGCUGGCAUCACCACGAUAAAGACGGCCGACCCCUAUACGUGCUUCGUCUGGGGCAGAUGGAUGUUAAGGGACUGCUGAAGUCAAUUGGAGAGGAUGGUCUUCUUAAGUUGACUCUUCACGUAUGUGAAGAAGGCUUGAAAUUACUAGAAGAAGCAACUCGAUCGUCAGAGCACGCUGUCCAUUCCUGGUGCCUCUUGGUAGACCUUGAUGGUUUGAAUAUGAGGCAUCUAUGGAGACCAGGCGUCAGGGCUCUGCUACGAAUUAUCCAGAUAGUGGAAGCCAACUACCCCGAGACCAUGGGCAGAGUUCUCAUCGUCAGAGCUCCUAGAGUCUUCCCGAUAUUGUGGACUAUUGUGAGCACGUUUAUCGAUGAAAACACCCGCAGUAAGUUCUUGUUCUACGGUGGCAAGGAUUAUUUACAAGCUGGAGGGUUACUCGACUAUAUACCCAAAGAAUACAUCCCAGACUUCCUCGGCGGGCCCUGCAAGUCGGACAUAGUAGAGACAUCAUUGUUCGUGCCUCAUCGUUUUUACAAAUACGUACGACACAGUUUUGUCCACGAGGGCGGGCUGGUACCGAAGAGUUUGUACGCGAGCGGCGCCUUCACAGAAAGAGACGGGGAUCCUCUCUCCGAAGAUAGUAUAUAUAGAUCCGUCAGCCUGGCCAAAGGACAGGUUCACGAAAUGAUAGUGGUGAAUCGUGACCCUCAGAGUGUACUGACGUGGGACUUUGACGUGCUCCGUCACGAUAUCUCUUUCACCGUAUUUCGGACUGACUGCGAGCUGGAGCAGCCCGACCAGACCGAUCACGCUGCUGCAGUUUGCGUGGGAGGGGCGGCCAUAGAGGAGGGUAAAUCUUUGUUGGAGGCGCGAGGGUGGCGAGAGGGAGAACAUUACCAUCGCGUGGAACCUGCCCUUAUUUGCCACGACGGGGAAAGCAUACAGGGCUCCCACGUGAUGUCUGAAAGCGGCAGUUAUCUGCUGCAGUGGCGCUGUGAGCUGCUCGACUCCUCUCGUGCAGCCCAGCUCAUGUACUUCCACGAGAUCCUUGCCAGCCAUCACUACAAAGGUUCUAUGUCGAGCCUCCAAUCGGCCACGAGCGGAUUCUCCUGCUUGAGCAACAAGUCGGGUAGCUCCUGCCCGUCGCGGUGA